CUCUCUCUCUCUCUUUUCUUCGCAGAUAUUUUCACCUCUGUUAAUUCGCCAUUUCUUCUUCAACGUAUAAUGAAAAAACUUUGUACUUGUUAUAAUUCCGCCUGGUUUCUCCAAUUCUCGUAAUCAAUCAAUUAACUAACCGGGUACGGGUACGGGUAUGGAUCGAGAGGGGGGAUCCAACAUCCGAUCUCAAUGCUACUACUCUGUGCUUGGGAUUUAUAAGGACGCCUCCUUCUCAGACAUUCGUUCCGCUUACCGGAAGCUUGCUCUGAAAUGGCAUCCAGACAGGUGGGCGAAGAACCCCUCCGCCGCCGCCGCCGGAGAAGCCAAACGCUGCUUCCAGAAAAUCCAAGAAGCCUAUGCAGUAUUGUCUGACAAGGGGAAAAGGUCAAUGUAUGAUGCCGGAUUUCUCGAUCUCUUUGAGGAAGACGAGGGUAUGGGGGACUUCUUGCACGAUUUGAUGAAUAUGAUGGAGCAGAAUGUGGGGAGUGAGAAGAAGGAAGAAAGCUUAGAGGAUCUGCAGAAAACAUUUGUGGAAUUGUUCGGUGAUGAUGUGGCGGAUAUGAUACAUGAGAGUGAUGAACAAGUGAUACGGAGACGGACAUGCGACAGUGGGAGCAAUGCAGGGGCUGCUACACACAAGCGUAAUGCCUGCGUUUGACGUUUCUUUUAUUUCCAUUGUAUUCAUCAUUUGCCCUUAAUUGUAGAUUUGGUAAUGUGUCUCGUAGUUUGGUGCCUGUAAAACUUUGCCGUCAAGCUAUUCUCGUUGUAUAAUGAACUCUGUUCUUUCGACCGAAUAUGUAUCUCAUGCUUAGGGCAUCUCAAUGAAAUUUUUAAGACUUGAGUC